UUUAUCAGUCGUCAUUUCACAUCGCUACUGUAGGACGGAGAACGUCAGGACUCAAUUUCAUCAUAUUUCUCUUACAACUGUAGUGGAGAAUUGCCUACUAUGAACUGAAACUCUUCCUUAAAACCAAAAACAAGUAGAUCCUAGUGAAGUGACGCAUAAGCCAGUAGAUUCCAGUGUCGAGUUGUAAUUUUUUUGCACCUCAAUGUAGCUAGAGGAAAUGGCUGUGGAAAGCAUGACUGUCCAUCCAAACUCCCCAACUACCAACCACGAACACAACAGUCUCCUGACUGACGAAAGGCCAGAGGAUGGAGAGCUGGAGGAGGGCGAGCUUGAGGAUGACGGGGGAGAAGUGGAGGAGGAGGACAUUGGUGGAGGUAUGUCCACAACAGCAGCAGCAGCAGCAGCAGCAGCAGCAGCAGCAGUAGUAGUAGCAGCACCAGGAGGAGGAGGAGGAGCAGGAGGAGGAGGAGGAGGAGGAGGAGAUGGCGGUGAUGAAGCAGGCGGAGGAGGUGAAGCCGGAGGGGACGCAGCCCAGCGAAGCAAGGAGCGCCACGCCAGCAGCAAUUCGGAUGAAGAGAGAUCCCACCGUCGCAAGAGGAAGAGGAAGAAAGAGAGGGAGCGAGAGAGGGAGAAGAGGAGGUCCAAGAAGAAACGCAAAUCCAAACACAAACGUCAUGCGUCCUCCGAUGACGAACACUCCGACUUCAGCGACGACUCUGACUACAGUCCCAGUGAGAAGAGGAAGUACAGAGAGUACAGUCCACAGUACCCCCCCCCACCUUCCCACGGGGGCUACGGCGGCUCAAAGAAGGGCAGCUACAUGAAGGUGGACAAGCAGAGCUACGGAGGCUACGAAGAGUUCGAAGAGGACAACUUCGAGGGGGAGGAAGAGGAGGACAUCGGGGACGAGGACUACGACGACUUCACCAAGGAGCUCAACCAGUACCGCAAGGCCAAGGAGGGAGGAGGCGGCCGUGGACGAGGUGGGUCCUCGGCGGUCGGAUCAAAGCUGUUGGAGUUGAAAAAUCGGCUUCUGCACGGUGGCAAAGGUCGCAUGAAGAACCAGAGAGGCCGUGGGGGAAUGAGGGGAGGGAGGAGGGGAAGAGGAGGAGGAGGCCGAGGAAGAGGAGGCCGAGGAGGAGGAGGAGGAGGUGGUGGUGGUGGUGGUGGUGGUGGAGGAGGAGGAAAGAUGGGAGGAGACAACGACGAUGGAGACGGCUACGGGGAAGAGAUGGAGUUUGGAGAAGAUGACUAUGACAACAUGGGCGGCGACGAUGACUACGAUGACUACUCAAAAGAACUCAAUCAGUACAAGAAGUCCAAAGACAGAGGCAGAGGGCUUAAAGGUGGGCGCGGCCGAGGGAGAGGUAAAGGAGGACGGGGUAUGAUGAGAGGAGGAAGGGGUCGUAACCGCGGGAGAGGAAGAGGCGACAUGGGCAACGACGACGACAACAACGGGGACAUGGACAACGGGGACGGAGGUGGUGGAGGCGAUGGACCAGGACCAGGGAGGAGGAACAUGAACGAGAAGCACCAGGAUAAGAAAGGAAAGGCCAUCUGCAAGUACUACAUCGAGGGACGAUGCACCUGGGGGGACCACUGCAACUUCAGCCACGACAUCGAGCUGCCCAAGAAGAAGGAGCUGUGCAAGUUCUACAUCACUGGAUUUUGUGCCCGAGCAGACCACUGUCCUUACAUGCAUGGUGAAUUCCCCUGUAAGCUGUUCCACACCACGGGGAACUGCGUCAACGGCGACGAAUGCAUGUUUUCCCACGACGCCCUUAACGAUGACACGCAGGACCUGCUCAACAAGAUGCUGGCAGAGGAUGCAGAGGCCGGCGCUGAGGACGAGAAGGAGGUGGAGGAGCUGAAGAAGCAGGGGAUCAACCCUCUCCCCAAACCCCCUCCUGGAGUCGGCCUCCUCCCCACCCCUCCUCGGCCAGUCCCCUUAGACUCCAACCUAGGGCCUGGGGAUUUUGGCGGACCUGCGGUGGGUGACUUUGGGGGUCCUCCUGGACCUAACCAGGGGCCCAUUUCCAACAAAGGUCCCCCUGGCCCUGGUCCUGGGGGACCUUUGCCUCACCCCUGUGCUGGUCCCCCUGUCCAUGGGCCCGACGGAAGUCCAUUCCAAGGCGGGCCCCCAAAUCCCACUGGCCCCCCCCCCCACAUGGGCCCCCCACCUCCAUGUGGCGGAGGGGGAGGUUCCGCAGGGAAGAAGAUCCCCUCGCUCUUUGACCUUAAAGUGAAGCCGACGGGACAGCUGGCUCAUAAACUGGCCGUCAGAGGCCAGACUCCCAGUGGCAACCAGGGCCAGACGGCCCCACCCCAAGGUGCCCCUGGUGGCCCCCCGCCCUGCUUCCCUCCCCCCCCGGGGAUGAUGCCCCCUGACAUGCAGAACAUGGGCCCCAACCUCGGGAUGAACCAGGGGCCCCCCAACAUGGGCCCCGGUGGACCGCCCAUGAUGGGAGGAUUCGGGUCUGGUGACGGCCCUCCACAUGGAGGGGCCAUGCCUCCAGGUCCUCCUCCGGGAGGAAACUUCUUUAAUAACUUCUUCAAUCAGCAGGACGGUAUGCAGAUGGAGGGAGUGGUGCAAGAAGGUGACAACUACCAGGGUUUUGCUGGCAUGGACGAGAGAGGGGGAAAUGUUGGAAAUCAGUCAGGCGGCCCAGACGGCUCUGCUAAUGGAGCAUCAGCCAAUCAGGGAGGGAUGUCCGUGCCCGACUUCCUGCCUCCAGCGCAGCGCGUCCUGUUCAUGAGGAUCCAACAGAAGCAGCAGGAAGAAGAGGAGAGAGCUCGCAGGAUGGCCGAGGGAGGAGCAGAGAAGAGCAGAGACACUGAAGGUGACUCAGGGAACUGGUACUCCAGUGAGGAUGAGGAUGGCGGCGGUAGCGUGACCUCCAUCUUGAAGACGCUCCGUCAGCAGACCCAGACUCCCCAUAAAUCCGACGGCCCCCCGAGCGACCCCCGCCUACAGAAGGCCUCUCCCGCCAGUGUUCCGGCUCGGCCGGCGGACCCCCGCUUGGCUCGGGACCGUCGCCUGGCGCGCGCCACAGACUCGGCCGACUCCAUGCCCACUCUGGCCUCCUCCGGACCGCCUGCGGACCCCAGGUUGGCCCGGCUAGCUGCUGCCGUUUCGUCGGGACCCACCUCCCACUCGCCUCCCGCUCUCAAACCAGAGCCGCCUCUGGUCUACAAGCCCCCACCGCUCACGACCCCGGCAGUUGAGGAGGAGGAGACGGAGCGGGUUCUACGGGACAAGCCGGUGCCGAUUCCUCUGGACCCGCUCAUGGGCAUGGCUCUGAGAGACCCGCGCUCGCAGCUGCAGCAGUUCAGCCACAUCAAGAAGGAUAUCCUUCUCCACAUGCCGGCCUUCAGCAAAACCAUCACCUGGUCGCCCGAGGAUCUCCUCCCUCUACCACUCCCCAAGCAGGACCUCCUUCCACUCCCACCAGGCAUCCCUCCCGUCUCCUCCAUAGACCCGCGUCUGUCCCGCACUCAGCAGCCACUCCCAACGUCGCUCCCUCACCCGCAACCCCCUCCCGUUCAGCCCCCUCCCCCCUCCUUGGACCGCCCUGCUCCCUCUUCUUCCUCCUCCUCCUCUUCCUCUCUCCCAGAUUUUGAACUGCUGUCUCGUAUUUUGAAGACUGUCAACUCCAGCCCGUCCCAGACUCCCUCCCCUCCUCUCCUACCCACCCCUAUCGCCCCCAUGUCGCUGCUGGGUCCGCCUCCCCCAUGCCUCCCCCGCCUGUAGAAAAGCCCGUUGACCCCCGUGUGUCCCGUAAAGGCCUCACCGACCCCCGUCUCCAGCCGCAGAAGUCAGCACUGAAGCAACCCUCUGACCCCGUGCCUCCUCCUGUCUCCUCUACUACCCCGGCGACCACAUCCAGCUCCCCCCCCCCCACCAUUGCCCCCUACGACCCACGGUUGCUCUCCUCAGGUGGGGCAGGCCGCGGUGUGGGAGCCGGAGCACCAGGGGGAGCCAGCGUGCUGA